AUGUUUCUUUACCUGUCCUGUGUAGUACAGCUGGGAGCAACCUACAUCAGGGCUGUCCUUCCGGUGAAUCAGACAAACAUUGAUCUAGGAACAACAAUCAGUACACUACCUGUCCUGUGUCAGCCAGCUGGCUCCUCUAGUAGUACAGUAGCCACCUCCACCUGGCUGUCUGCUGAAGCCUACACCAGGGCUGUCCUCCCACCAGCUGGCUCCUCUAGUAGUACAGUAGCCACCUCCACCUGGCUGUCUGCUGAAGCCUACACCAGGGCUGUCCUCCCAGUGAAUCAGACAAACAUUGAUCUAGGAACAACAAUCAGUACACUACCUGUCCUGUGUCAGCCAGCUGGCUCCUCUAGUAGUACAGUAGCCACCUCCACCUGGCUGUCUGCUGAAGCCUACACCAGGGCUGUCCUCCCAGUGAAUCAGACAAACAUUGAUCUAGGAACAACAAUCAGUACACUACCUGUCCUGUGUCAGCCAGCUGGCUCCUCUCUCUACCAGCUGGCUCAUCUCUCUAGUAGAACAGUAGCCACCUCCACCUGGCUGUCUGCUGAAGCCUACAUCAGGGCUGUCCUUCCGGUGAAUCAGACAAACAUUGAUCUAGGAACAACAAUCAGUACACUACCUGUCCUGUGUCAGCCAGCUGGCUCCUCUAGUAGUACAGUAGCCACCUCCACCUGGCUGUCUGCUGAAGCCUACACCAGGGCUGUCCUCCCAGUGAAUCAGACAAACAUUGAUCUAGGAACAACAAUCAGUACACUACCUGUCCUGUGUCAGCCAGCUGGCUCCUCUAGUAGUACAGUAGCCACCUCCACCUGGCUGUCUGCUGAAGCCUACACCAGGGCUGUCCUCCCAGUGAAUCAGACAAACAUUGAUCUAGGAACAACAAUCAGUACACUACCUGUCCUGUGUCAGCCAGCUGGCUCCUCUAGUAGUACAGUAGCCACCUCCACCUGGCUGUCUGCUGAAGCCUACACCAGGGCUGUCCUCCCAGUGAAUCAGACAAACAUUGAUCUAGGAACAACAAUCAGUACACUACCUGUCCUGUGUCAGCCAGCUGGCUCCUCUCUCUACCAGCUGGCUCAUCUCUCUAGUAGAACAGUAGCCACCUCCACCUGGCUGUCUGCUGAAGCCUACAUCAGGGCUGUCCUUCCGGUGAAUCAGACAAACAUUGAUCUAGGAACAACAAUCAGUACACUACCUGUCCUGUGUCAGCCAGCUGGCUCCUCUAGUAGUACAGUAGCCACCUCCACCUGGCUGUCUGCUGAAGCCUACACCAGGGCUGUCCUCCCAGUGAAUCAGACAAACAUUGAUCUAGGAACAACAAUCAGUACACUACCUGUCCUGUGUCAGCCAGCUGGCUCCUCUAGUAGUACAGUAGCCACCUCCACCUGGCUGUCUGCUGAAGCCUACACCAGGGCUGUCCUCCCAGUGAAUCUGACAAACAUUGAUCUAGGAACAACAAUCAGUACACUACCUGUCCUGUGUCAGCCAGCUGGCUCCUCUCUCUAG